AAAUGAGUGGAGGCACACGAGUUAAUUAAUAUUUCCAAAGCAAUAAUCGCAGAGGAUGUAGUGCUCUUAAUAAUGAAAAAUUAGAUACUAGCAUUCAUACUCCAAAAAUGAGAUUGUAAAAUUCAACUAAUGAUUAACUUGUUAUACAAAAGAAUCAUCUUCUUUAAUUAAAAUAAAGUCCAUCAUUUAAAUUAAAAAAUCAUAGACUCUCAUUAAAAUAAGAUGAAACUAAAAAAAUAAACAAUAUCUCAUAAACUUAUGCUAAAAAAACUAGAAUAGCAGUCUUAGAAUCUCUUUAUCAUUAAUUUGGAACUGAUGAUGAACACAUUUCUCUUAUUAAAAAUACAUAAUAAGUCAAACUAUAACCUAUCAUUCAAACACCCUUAUCUCAAACUACAUAUUUUGGAAAGUUAAACUAAUUCAAUUAAAAUUAAAACAUAGAAGAACUACAUUUCCAAUUAGUCAAUAUCUAAUAAAAAUAUAAAUAUUGGCUUGAAAAUUUUGAAAAGAAAAAUCACAGCAAAUGA